UCACGAUCUUUCUCUCCCCUUCUUCUUCUUCUUGGGUUUUUCCUACCUUAAAUGGCGCCCACGCCCACGCCCACCCCCUCCUCCUCCUCCUCCAAGUCCAGUCAACCGCACACCGCCUCAAAGACCCCUCAGUCCAAGCACCGCCUCCACUUCAAUGGACCCAGAUCCGCGCACCCGUCCCCGCACCCCGGCUCGGCCCAGAAAGAGGCCCCGGCCGGGGAUCACCCCGUCGAGGUCGUCGGCCGGAUCCGGGACUGCCCGGAUCGCAAGGAGAGGCCCCCCUCCGUCCUGCAGGUCAACCAGGACGGGCGGACCGUCCGCGUCCGCGCGGAGUUCGGGUACCGCGACUUCAGCCUCGACGGGGUGUCCCUGUCCGAGGAGGAGGAUCUCGACUCGUUCUACAAGAAGUUCGUGGGGUCGAGGAUCGACGGGGUGAAGCUGGGGGCGAAGUGCACGAUAAUGAUGUACGGGCCCACGGGGUCGGGGAAGAGCCACACGAUGUUCGGGUGCUCGAAGCAGCCGGGGAUCGUGUACCGGUCGUUGAAGGACAUUUUGGGAGAGAAUGGGGAGGAAGGCGGGGCGAACGGAGGGCAAUUGGGGGUUGGAACUUUCGUGCAAGUUACUGUUUUGGAGAUCUAUAAUGAGGAGAUCUAUGAUCUGUUGUCGAGCAACGGAGGAGGGUUCGGGGUCGGGUGGCCCAAGGGUGGUUCGUCGAAGGUAAGACUCGAAGUGAUGGGGAAAAAGGCGAAAAAUGCAGCAUUUAUCUCGGGUAAUGAAGCUGGGAAGAUUUCAAGAGAGAUUCAGAAAGUGGAGAAGCGGAGGAUUGUUAAGAGCACGCUCUGCAAUGAGAGAAGUUCUCGAAGCCACUGCAUGAUUAUUUUGGAUGUGCCUACUGUUGGGGGACGGCUAAUGCUUGUUGAUAUGGCUGGUUCUGAAAACAUUGAGCAAGCUGGCCAAGUUGGAUUUGAGGCCAAAAUGCAGACUGCAAAGAUCAACCAAGGUAAUGUAGCACUGAAGAGAGUGGUUGAAUCUAUUGCUAAUGGUGAUUCACAUGUGCCCUUCAGAGACAGCAAAUUAACAAUGCUUUUGCAGGAUUCUUUUGAGGAUGACAAAUCGAAGAUUCUUAUGAUACUAUGUGCAAGCCCAGACCCAAAGGAGAUACACAAGACAAUUUCCACGCUAGAGUAUGGAGCCAAAGCAAAAUGUAUUGUUCGUGGCCCACAUACGCCAGUGAAGGACAGAUUUGGAGCUGAAGAUUCUUCGGCCGCAGAAAUGUUGGGCUCAAGGAUUGCGGCAAUGGACCAAUUCAUCUGCAAGCUGCAAAUGGAGAACAAGCUCCGAGAAAAAGAGCGCAACGAAGCACACAAAGAGCUCCUUAAGAAGGAACAGGAGGUCGCAUCCCUGAGAACGAAACUCCAGCUAGUGGAAGGGAAAGUAUCUGGCACGAGUGAGGACGAGAUCAACAUGAAGGUGAACGAGCGCAUACAUGUUCUUAAAACCGAGCUGGAAAAGAAAUUAGCUGAAUGUCAGAGAAUGGCUGAUGAGUUUGUAGAAUUGGAGAGGAGGAGAAUGGAGGAGAGGAUACGGCAACAGCAAGAGGAAGUUGAAAUGCUGAGAAGACGGUUAGAGGAAAUAGAGUCUCAGUUGAGGAACGGGAAAGGCAAUGAGAACGGGGCUACGGAUGGUGAAUGGAGUGGCUUUGCUAAGAGGUUGCUGGGAUCAUUUGCGGAUGAGGACCCUGGAAUGGUGAAAUCUAUGGAUUUGGACAUGGGUGAUCAAGACUGUUAUGCACGUGAAGUGAAAUAUGUGGACAACAGAGUCAACCGGUUUGAUAGAAGCAGUAACCUCUCGGACCUUCCCAAUUAUUCAAAUACAAGCACUUCAAAUGAGGUAGCUGCAUACGAUGUUUAUGGGUCAAUGUUCAACGAUAGAGUCUGCUUGAGCACAGUUUUCGAGGAAGAAGAAGAAGUCGAAGAGGAAGAGGGACAUAAAGAGGCUUCGGAUGAAGAAGUAGAGAAAGGAGUGAUAGAGGAAAAGAGGGUGUGCUCGAUAACUUUUCCCCAAGGACUUUCGAGUGAUACAGUGGAACCAUCGAACGAGAAAGAUGUGGCCUCUUCGAGAAGGUUAAGGAUUCAAAAUAUAUUCACACUGUGCGGGAACUAUAGGGAGAUUUCCCAACAAAUUGGAACACCACUAACAGAGAAAAGAGGGUCAGAGAAUGCGGAUCCCCAAACAACUCCCUUCAUCAUGAUUAAAGAAGAUCCGCUUGGGAAGACUCUUACCAAAGAGAUUUUGAAGAAUACACCUGAGUCUGCAGUUGGCAAUCAAAUUCUCUCGGAGGUGAACACAAAAUCCAUAUCACAAAUCCAAAGCCCGGUGCUUUCAACCGAGCCAAAAGAGAUGAAAGUGGCAGACAUCCAGGUGACCAAAAGCCGGGCACCUAUUGACCUAUCACUGGAUUUAAAGGAGAAUUGUGAUCCUUCUAGCGAUGGAUCUGACGAACAAAUAGAGGUAUGUGUGAAGUGGGAAGCAUCGAAGGAAAACACUGGGAACAUUAUCACCACGCUUAAGGUCGUGAAGGACGUUACCCUGGCAGAUUUAAGGAAGCUCAUAGAGAUCUAUCUUGGAGCAGAUAAUCAGGCUUUCACUUUCCUUGUGCUUGGGGAUCCAACUGGCGCCCCAGUUCCAAGGGAAAAGGAAGGAAUGGUGCUGGCAAGCAAGCUUCCUGUGUGGAACAACCAGCUACGCUACCAUCUUGCGUGCUUAAGACCGGCCAAGAGCAUCCAAUGCUUGAACCAUGUCCCUCUAACUCCACUAGAGAACAAACUACCACUUGAUCCAAAUACCCUCUUGACACAAAGAGGCGGGGGUGUUUCAUCGCCAAAGUUAGUACAACGCCUCGGUUCUUCUCCCUUGGUCACGCCUCACUCCAGGUUGAUCUCGUGAUGAUAUGGUACCUAGAGUAGGCAUAUUCUGGAUGUGUAUCUACUGUUGGAAUUGAAGGAACUUGAGAGUAUAUGUGCAUGUAUACUCUUGCUGGAUAAUUGAUGUGGUGAUAAUAUGUUGCAUCUUUUUGUGUAUCCCUUCUAUAUAUGGCAGGAAGCAGCUUCUGCUUUAA